GUGAUGGGUCAGCGACUGAGUGAGGAGAGUGACUCAGACCAGGAAAUUGAUGUUGCAGAGCUGCAGGAGUGGUAUAAGAAGUUUGUGGUGGAGUGCCCAAGUGGAACACUCUAUAUGCACGAGUUCAAGAGCUUCUUCGGCGUUACUAAUAACAAGGAGGCAGCGGAUUAUAUUGAGAAUAUGUUCCGCGCCUUCGACAAGAACGGAGACAACACAAUUGAUUUUCUAGAGUAUGUUGCAGCCCUUAACCUGGUCUUGAGGGGCAAGUUGGAACAUAAACUGAAGUGGACUUUUAAAAUGUACGACAAAGAUGGAAGUGGCUGCAUUGACAAGACAGAGCUGCUGGAGAUUGUAGAGUCCAUCUACCGACUAAAGAAAGCCUGUCAUGGAGAACUGGAUUCAGAGUGUAACCUCCUGACCCCAGAUCAAGUGGUUGACAGAAUAUUCGAACUGGUGGAUGAAAACGGAGAUGGGGAGCUGUCUCUGGAUGAGUUCAUUGACGGGGCCAGGAGAGACAAGUGGGUGAUGAAGAUGCUGCAAUUGGACGUCAACCCUGGGGACUGGAUCAAUGAACGGCGACGUAAGAGCUCUGGAGUGAGCUCUGAAGCUGGACCUCUGCAAUAA